UCUACAGAUUCUAAUUAUUUAACAUUCACAUCGUUAGUACUGGAACUAUGAGAAGAAAUGUGGGAUAUUUCGUUGUUAUCAUACACUCCGUGGUUCUCGCCUCACUCCAUAAAGACCCUGGUGUAGCAUACGUUGGUAAAUAUGGAAAUUAUACCUGGCCACGGCAUGAUCUACAGGCCGAAAUCCCAGGUGAUAUAAUACUUGGGGCUUUACAUAUGGUUCAUGAAAGGAGUGAUAAUAAAAUAUGUGGCCCUAUAAUGCCACAAGGUGGCAUACAAGCUCUGGAAUGUAUGAUGUACACGUUAGAUAGGAUAAACGAAGGAGAAUUUCUGCCAGGAUUUAGGAUAGGAGUAUUAUCUAAAGACGACUGUGAUAGAGAUAUAUAUGGACUAGAACAAGCUGUAGAUUUUAUACGAGGUUCCGUAGCAAAUGUCGGCGGAUCAGAAGUUUAUAAAUGUAACGAUGAGUCAGAGCCAAUCGUUCAACUACCUGUGAUUCCUGGUGUGAUUGGAGCGCCUUCAAGUGUUACUUCAAUACAAGUUGCUACACUCCUCAAGCUAUUUGAAAUCCCGCAGAUUAGUUUCUUUUCUACAAGUUCAGUGCUUAGCAGCAGAGAUCGUUAUCCUUAUUUUCUGCGAACCAUUCCAUCAGACGUCAAUCAAGCGCAAGCUAUGGUAGAAAUCGUUCGGAUGUUAAACUGGACAUAUGUUUCGGUAGUUUACGAAGAAUCUAGUUACGGAAUACAGGGAUUUAACGAGCUUGAACAGUUAUUGAAAGAAGCUAAUAUUUGUAUAGCAACAACUGAAAAGUUAACAAAAGACUCUGGUGUGGCAGGACAUGACACGUAUGAUGAUAUUGUUGACAAACUAAAAUUGAAACCUAAUGCUAGAGGUGUAAUAAUUUUUGGAUCCGACCAAGAAGUAGGUGAAUUGAUGGAGGCAGUUAAAAGAAGAAAUGCAACAGGGAUAUUCACUUGGAUAGGGAGUGAUGGAUGGGGAGGGCGUGGUCUUGCGUAUCAUGGAAAAGAGGAACAGGUUGAAGGUGCUAUAACAACACAACCAUUAGCAUACGAAGUAAAAGGAUUUAAAGAUUAUUUCUUAAAGUUAAAACCAGGCAGUAAUCAUCGGAAUCCUUGGUUUAUUGAAUACUGGGAACAACAAUUCAAAUGUAAAUAUAGAGAUAGUCCCUGGACACCAUAUAACGAGAACUUUAUAAAGGACUGCACAGGAAACGAAUCGUUUGAUCUAGACACAUUUGAUAUGGAGGCUCAAUUACAGUUUGUCAGUGAUGCUGUUCUAGCUUUUGCACAUGCCAUAAAGAAUAUGCACCGAACAAUCUGUCCAAAUACCGAAGGGUUAUGUGAUGCUAUGAAUCCGAUAGAUGGUGAAACACUGAAAAAGUUUCUUUUAGAAGUGAAAUUUAAAGAUUUGUCCGGUGAUGAUUUUCAGUUUCUGCCUAACGGAGAUGGUCCAGCUCGAUAUAGAAUCCUUAAUUUCCAUCAAAAAGAAAAAGGUGAAUAUGAAUGGAGUACAGUUGGAUAUUUCAAAAAUGGAAAUCUUACUGAGAUGCAAAACUUAACAUACAGACUUGACGAACCAAUGCACCCACCAUCUGUUUGUAGUCAUCCAUGUGGACCAGGGGAGGCAACUCAACUAGUUGAAGGUGACUCGUGUUGCUGGACAUGCAUGAAAUGUCAUACUUAUCAAUACAUGCCAUCGAAAUCUGAAUGUGUCACGUGUCCUAUGGGUACAAUACCCAUGGCCGAUAAAUCUUAUUGUCAACCAAUUCCACAGAAAUUUCUAGACUAUGGUGAUGCGCUAAGUUUUGCUGCCAUGAUUGUUGCAACACUUGGAUUAGCAGCGACGUCUACCGCAAUGAUUACGUUUCUAAGAUACAGUGCGACACCAAUCGUAAAAGCAUCAGGGAGAGAGCUGAGUUUUGUUCUUCUAGUUGGAAUAUUCCUGUGUUAUUCAAUGACUUUUAUACUUGUUUCAAAACCAACAGAAAUUUCGUGUGGAGCCCAAAAAUUUGGAAUUGGACUAUGUUUUUCAAUUGUGUAUUCUGCAAUAUUGACAAAAACUAAUAGAAUAUAUAGAAUCUUCAAAGCAGGGAAAAGAACAACCAAACGUCCUAAAUUCAUAAGUCCUAAAUCACAACUUGUGAUUUGUGGGUCCUUGGUUGCAGUUCAAAAUGCAGUGGGUAUAGUAUGGGUACUGUUACGGCCACCAAAAGUUAUAUCAUAUUAUGCCAAUCGUGAUGACCAUCAGCUAGUGUGUAAUGACGCCGUGGAGGCGUGGUAUAUGGUGGGAUUUACCUAUCCAAUAUGUUUGAUUAUUGUUUGUACUUUCUUUGCAUUUUUGACACGUAACAUACCCGAAGCAUUUAAUGAAUCAAAACAUAUAGGAUUGACUAUGUAUACAACUUGUAUUAUAUGGUUAGCAUUUGUGCCAAUAUUCUUUAGUACAGCAGAUGAAAUAGACAUACGAAUAGCCACCAUGUCGUUUGCUAUAAGCCUUAGUGCCACCGUGGCUUUAGCAUGUAUGUUUGCGCCAAAAUCAUACAUUAUCAUAUUUCAUGCAGAAAGAAACGUCCGACAAUCUUUAAUGGCAGCCAAGCCGGUAAUGUCCGGCCCUGUAGUACAGAAUAAUUAUAGAGCUACUAAAUGUAACAUUCGUAUCGACACAGAUUCAAAAUCAUACCAAGGUUCCGAUAUGGAACUUACUCAUAGACUUAGAACAUCUGGUUCGUGCAAUAGCUUGUGUAGUAGAUCGACUAAUCUGACGCAAGCUAAUGGGAUUAGUAUUAGUACGCAGACACUAAACUGUCCUGUAAGACACAAAUAUGAAAACCGGGAACCAGAACAAGAUCAGACUGAAGAAACAGAACAAGAUCAAGAUGUCCAAUUAUGAGUCAGGAUAAAACUCAGAAAUAUUUUUGUAUGCUUUGGUUUAAUUCUUGAACUUUUUUGUCCAGAAUAAUCACUAUUAUUACGAAAUGUUUUUUUCUGCAUUAUCUUUUAACCUGUAACAAUAGUAUGCUGCAUAUUUGUAUAAUUAACAUGGUUAAUAUGAAAGAAAACUGCUUUCGUCAAACACGUUGGUAUAUUUUAUGUAAGUUUGUUUAGAAACGGAACUAAAAGUUAAAAACAAAUACAACAUUUGAUAAAAAAGAAAACUGUACACGAAAGGCAAACUCUCAAAUAAUAUCCAUUGUUAUCUUAUUAUUUUUAAGGAAAAUACAUGUGUUUCUGAAAAAGUAAAACGGUCCAUUUGCAUUCAAUGUAAUAAAUAUUAA